UUGGCAAGACAAGGCAGUAAAGCAAAUGAUAGCUAGCAUAGAAGCAAAUAAUAUGUGGGGAUAUGCACGAUUAGGCUUUUUUUCACAUGAUUCAUUUAAAAUACAAAAAGGACUUUUAUGGAGCCAACGCGACAAUAAAUAUGUUGGAUAUAUCGAUUUUGAUGAUAAAAAUGCUGAACUUGAAGCAUUUAGUGAACAAUGUCUUCAUGAUAUUCAAAUUCAUGUUAAUGAUCAUAAGCAAACCGAAAAUGAAGAUAAAAAAGACCCCUAUUUUGCAAUUGAAACAAUAGAUGUUCACACUCUCAAUACAAUUCUCUUUCACUUGGCUGCCAAGCUUGAAUGUGUGGCAAUUCAUACAUGUGGAUCAGUUUGUGAUGGUGUAAGCGAAAACAGAAGACACAUUAAAAACUUUGAUUGGUUUGCAACAACCUGGAAGAUGGAUGAUAAAGUGGAAGUUCAGCUAUCAAACCGAUCAGGAAAGAAAAGCUACCAACCCGCCACAAUAAUUUCCUUUAACCCAGAGCAUACCAAAUUUUUAGUCCAGCUUUCAGGCACCAUUAUACAAUCUUGCUAUAAUGUUAUGCAUUCUGUUUUGCGAUCUCCAAUGCCAGCAAAAACUAAUUGGAAUAUCAAUGAUCAGUGUGAAGUUCGAAAUACAGUUAAUAAUAAAUGGUACCCCGGCAAAGUACUUACUGAAAUUUCAGUAGAUGGUUACUUAGAUGUCGAAGUUGCAAUUAAAACUGUUGGAGAAGUUCAGCUGAUUGUAUGGAAAUUACUGCUUAGUGAUAUUCAUUCUGCAUAUAAUGAAAACCAACAUUGGACUUGGCAUCUUACCAUCAACCCUAAGUUAAGAAACAAUGUUUCCAAAAGUCACACUAGUAAUGGUGAAGGCAAAAAUAUAAGAGAGAUAAUGUUUGACGGUUGGGAAAUUAGUUGGAAACAUUUUCGAGGAGUAUAUGAUCACACAGAAAAACAUAUGACAGCAAAGGCUACCAAGUUAACAAAGCGACAUAUAUGGCUUACAUCUUGGAGCAAGAUGAGAGUAGAUCUUGCGGAACAUACACUGUCACUUGAAGUUAAGAAAGCAAUGGAAGACAUUCCAGAAUUAAAAUAUAUCUCUCAAGGCACUCAGUUAUUUAUUCAUUAUACAAGAAUAUAUCGAGAUAUUACCCACAGUCAGAUUUGUAUCUCGUCUCUUGAAGACCCACGAUUGAAUACUUUGAAGGAAAUAAAAAAAUGGUUUAUUCAAGCUCAGUGUCAAUUUGAUUUGAUUUCAUCAAUUAAUGGAUUUCUUGGAAUUGUGGAAUAUGUACUUAACAAUUGCCUGGGUGCUAUAAUUCAACCAAAAAGAAUUUCUCAGGAUAUGUUGGAAGGUUUAUUUGGAAUGAUCAGGGAAAUGGGCGAUGAUUCUUCCACACAAACGAUUCAAUCUUAUGGAUAUGCAAUGAACAAAUUAACGAUCACAAUGCAAAUGACAUCAGAAAUAUGA